UUUAUUCUUCUACCAAAAAAAAAAAAAAAUUGAAUGGGGUGUUCCAAGAUUUGAUUUUUAGGUUAAUGAUGUAAAAAAUAGAAAAAAAAUAGUAUCAAAUUUACCCUUUCUUUAAGCUAUCAGUUUCUUCAUUCUAUAAGAUUUUCUUGAUUUUUGCCUUGCAAUUCUUGAUGGGUUGUUGUGAGGUGGAGGAAAUAUCUAAAAAGGAGAAAAAUGGAUGUUUGGUUAGUAGAGAAGAAAAGGGGUUGCACAAAAUCAAAUCUUUCACUCAAAACUUUGCCAUUUUGGUUGGUUUUAGUAGUGAAAGUAUCUCUUUUCAUGUCUUCUUCUUAUAAGUGACCAAAAAAAAAAAGGACAAGAACACUAAAUUUAACUCCUUUUUUAUUUGCAGCUCUGUUUCUCAGUAAAUAUAAACUUAAAAAAGUGAACUUUGAUCCCAAAACAAACAUUGAACUUUAUUAUAGAUUGGAAAAUUUGGAUCAUCAAAAUCAUAAUUAUGAAAAGACUUGGUAGCUCUGAUUCUUUGGGUGCUUUGAUGUCCAUGUGUCCAAGUACUACAGAUGACCAGAACCAUGGGAACAGCCAUGUGUAUUCAACAAGAGACUUUCAGUCUAUGUUAGAGUUAGGCUUAGAUGAAGAAGGAUGUGUGGAAGAAUCUGGCCAGAAGAAAAGGAGACUAAGUGUUGAACAAGUGAAAGCUUUGGAGAAGAAUUUUGAAGUUGAGAACAAACUUGAACCUGAAAGGAAAGUGAAAUUGGCUCAAGAACUUGGGCUGCAGCCUAGACAAGUAGCUGUUUGGUUCCAAAACCGACGUGCUCGAUGGAAAACAAAGCAACUUGAGAGAGAUUACAAUGUUCUUAAAGCCAAUUUUGAUUCACUCAAACACAACUAUGAAUCUCUCAAACAUGACAAUGAAGCUCUUGCCAAAGAGAUUCGUGAGCUGAAAUUUAAGGUAUAUGGUGGUGAGAAUGGAGAAAGCAGAGGAGCUGUUGUUGUUUCAGUGAAAGAAGAAGCUAUGGAAUCUGACAAUGAUGACAAAAUGAUUGAACAAAACAACCCAAAUGAUCUUCUUGAAGAAGAUGAUGAAGAUCAAGAUGAUGAUGUCGAGAUCAACGCCACUAUAGCAUCCACCAUUUUUGCUGAUUUUAACAAAGAUGGUUCCUCAGAUAGUGACAAUUCAAGUGCAAUCUUGAAUGAAGAUAACAGUCCAAAUGCUGCUGCAAUUUCAUCAUCUGGUGCAUUCUUGAUCUCUAAUGAUGGUGGGGUUGGUUGUUCAUCUCCGAAUUCGUUGAAUUUCACCUUCAAGUUCACAGAAUCAAGUCCAAAAUCAAUUCUUGGAGAUUCCCAAAAGGCUAAUUGUUUUACUUAUCAACCUCCGUCAACAACAACAACAACACAGUAUGUGAAGAUGGAGGAACAUAAUUUCUUCAAUGGCGAAGAAUCUUGCAGCACUCUUUUCUCAGAUGAACAAGCUCCUACACUUCAAUGGUACUGUUCUGAAGAUUGGAACUUUAAAGACUCAAAAUCAUCUUUUUUUGAUCAUGAAUAAAGGAGGUUAUUGUCUCAUGGGAACCAAAUUUUGUAUAGUGGUUUAAGAAAUGGCCUAAUGGGAACAAAGUGAAAA